GCCGAUGCUGGUGGUGGAGGCCUCAAAGCGGCCCACCCUCAGCCCGGCAACGCGCUACAUCAUGACGAAGCAGCUCCAGGACGUGACGGUGGGCGUCUUCUCCAAGUGCGACCUGAGCCACGACCACGACGCGCUGCGAGCGCUGAUCCUGCACGAGCCCUCAGAACCUCGUGGCUCAGAACCUGGCGAGUCGCCAGAGGACCUGGGUGGGGUUCGCCUGAAAUGCUGGGUCGCCAGCAUGCAGGGACCUGAGAAGCUGGGACAGGAGCCGCCCGAGGAGUACAAGACCCACAACUUCGAGCGUGUGUGGAGGCAGCAGAAGAUCGAAAGUGCGCACUUUGCAAACAUCCCCGAGCUGCAGGACCUACAGGAGCGGGGCCAUGCAGGAAUCGGAUGCCUCGUCGAGCAGCUGGACAAGGAGUAUCUCAACCACCUGCAUCGCUCCUGGAAGUGGGACGCCUUCUACAAGCUGCAGACCAAGUUGGACCGACUCCAGUUCGACCUGAGUAUGUUGGGUGUGGUACCAGAAGCCCAGAAGGAGCAAUUGGCAAGUGCCGAGGUGAAAAGGCGCCUGGGCAGCAGCUCGCCCUUUACCAGGGCUUUGUACCAGUCCUUUGUCACGGACGUGCUUCAAGGCGUGCUCUAUCAGAGGAUCCUCUUGAAUCCCUCUUUGAGACCCCCAGACACUGGGCUCUUGCUACGGAUCAUGAGCUUAGGCACCGCCAUUGCGGUAACAAGCACCCAGCUUCGCUGCUACAUGUGCGAGGGCUGCAAGCAGCAGAGCGCCAUCGAUCGGGCGUGUGCGGACGUCCGGACCGUCAUGGACGAGGUGCUGCAGGGGGUCCGCGCUCGUCUGGUGGAGCCUGUGUGGGAGAUCCUCCAAGCAGAAAGCAAGGAGCUGGCAGGAGAGGAGUGCGUCAACAUCGUCACCGGGGGGCCCGCGAGCCUGGCCCUUGAGCCCUUGAAAUCCUUCCCGGAGGCCAUGUGGUGGAAGAGCUUGCAGCAGACGCUGAGAGACCAGCCCAUCAUCCAGCUCAGCAGCUACGCCAUGUACACCGAGGCCAUCAUGGAGCGGUGCGAGAAGCUGUACGCAGAUGCUGUACAGCGGCUGCGGGCGAAGAGCGAGGAGCUCUUGAAGCGACUCGGAGAUCUCGAUGCUCCGUCUCCUUGGGUUCAGGUGCGCGCACGAUUUGGGCCCGAGGGCGAGGGAGGCUCCCGAAGCAAGGUGGUGAUGUGCUGCCAGGCGGAAGAUUUCGCAACCGCGAUUUACACGCUUUUUCUCCGGCACAUCCCAUCGCAAGAUCAGCUCGCGAAUUUGCACGAAGGCAUUCCCGUGGGCGCAGAGCGCGCACAGACCCGCUCGAAGGUUGAGAGUCUCAACGCCGAGAGGGAGAAGGUGCUCGAAGCCGUGGGAGGCAUCCGCGAAGCGCUCUCCAUUGACGACCCCGAGUUUGCGCUCAUCCAGCAGAAGUACGAG